CCCAGGUUGCAACAUGUUCGACGUAUACUUCCUUUCCGAUGAAAAGCAGCAAGUAAACAAAGCUUCUAGUUCUGCAAAGAGAGAAAGAAGGAAGAGAUUUUCUUGCUGGCAUACCUUAGAAAGAAAAAAAAUGUCAGCGGUAGAGUUAUAUUAGCGAGAAGCAAGAAUCGAUUCUGCCGUGAAGUCCUGUUGUGUUUGGCGUGUGUGCGUGUACAACGAAGAAGGAAGUAACGAAAGGGGAAUCCCCUUAUCUUCCUCGUCUACUAACGUAACCCUCCCUUAAAAAAAAAAUCAGAUACUACAAUAGAAACUAGAUUACUUUCAAGUGCACAAAGACUUGAUGCAGAUGUUUUUGUUUGUAAGCGUAGUGGUCUGUGUUCAAGAGAAGGUUUAACGAGAACAGAAUAUCGUUGUCAUCGUCUCAACACUCGACACUGAUGACGUUCGCCGUCACGACAAUGGAAGUAAUGAACUCUUUAUGUGAGGGUGUACAAUUUCUUUUCGGACACAAACUGGAUGGAUUUUAAUGUUUAGUGGUAGUACACUGAUUAUAUCUCUGACGUCGUAUUGGAUGUAAGGCAGAAACAGCAUCAGGAUCAACCACACCGAACGACUGCACUGAAUCGACCAUCUUCGCAACGGUGACGUUUCACGACAGAACCCACCAUAACCAGUGAUUCGUUUUAUGUCAGUGAUGAUUUACGAAAGUCAUUUUCAAAAUGGCCGUCAAACCUAUGGAAUAUUUUUUAUUCGAUUUUUUUCAGUUCAAGGAGUGAACAUAUUUUUUCAUAGAAACUCGCGUUGGUCGACUUCUGCUUCUAGUUUUUAAAUUAACCCUAAAAAUCAAAAAUCGGAAAUGAAACGGGUUCGUGCUCUGCAUCACGUUCUCCCAAAGGUUCCACUGUCUUUCGUUCGUUCUUGGAAUAUUCAUGAAACGUUCUGGAACCCUUUCAUCGAGUGCUCUUUUUCCGGGAACAGACUGCUAUGAUUGUCAUGGAAGAUAUUUUCUUAUCCAGCAACAGAGCAGCUAAAUACUUACACCACAGUAUUCAGAAUUCAGGUUUUAUUGUGACCAUUGAUUUGAUUAGCUGCUAAAGAAAAAAAUAACAAGUUGUGAGGAAGUACUCAAGUCUUUUCCCCCAUUAUGAAAGAGGCUUGGAAAGACACAGCUCAGCAGGUUUCAGAGUUCUUGAAAGAAGGGAAGUAAUAGAGAGUCCUGUAGAACUCCAUUCUACUACUGUGGUAGCUUUAUGAUCCUGUGGACAAGAUUCAUUUGCAUGGUUGUGAAUGUCAGCCACCAUGGCGGAACUGCCAAGCAUCAACUGUUCAAGCAUCAGCAGCACUUAUGAGUCCUCUUCAGGCAGUGAUGGCAGCUAUCCUUCACGGCGCAAUAAAGUAGAAGGUUAUGACUAUGAGUUUGUGCCCACUCCUGAUGCUCGGUAUGAGUGUACUAUCUGCCUGCUGGUGCUACGAGAACCAAGGCAGACUCCUUGUGGACACCGUUUCUGCCGUGACUGCAUCAUUAAGUGGAUCAGAGAAUCUCAGCAGCGGUGUCCAGUGGAUAAUGAACCAUUUGAGGAGAAGGAUUUGUUUGCUGACAACUUUGCCAAACGAGAAAUCCAGAAUUUCAAUGUUAAGUGUCCUAACAGCAAGCAGGGAUGCGAUACAAUCACCUCAGUGAAACAGCUUCAGGCCCAUCAGAGAGAAUGUCCCUUUGGUUUGGCUCCUUGCCCAAAUCGAUGUAGCAACGUGCUGUUCAAACGAGAUCUUGCUGAGCAUGUUCAGCAUUUGUGUGAACUGCGGAACGUUCAGUGUCCGAACUGCGGUGCCACUUUCCUCAGCAGGGAUGCUUGGACGCAUGUUGAGGUGUGUCCAAAAAGGCAGGUGAAAUGCCACUUCUGUGAGGAAGAGAUGGAGAUGCAAGCGAUGGCAGAACAUGAGGCCACAGUGUGCCCCAGAAAGACGCUGCAUUGUGCUUUUCACACUUUGGGCUGUAAUGCUGAGAUGGAACGGUGCAACGAGAAGACCCACCUACAAGACAACCUGCAGGAACACAUGCUGCUACUGUGCAAUGGACUGACAACCAUCAUGCAUGUGCUAGGCAUUCAACGUCUCUCACCUGAAAGCAGCACCAGCACCACCCGUGGUCUUGUGCCCACUGAGACCUCGGGACUCUUGUCUGGCUUGGCUCUGUCGCUGCAGCAACUCUCUUUAGGGAAACUGCCCAGAAUGAGUUUGGACAGUCAGACACUGAAACAACAGCUACCUCGUUUACCUGUACCUGGAUCCAGUUUUGUUGACUCUCAUGCUCAAACUCAUGAAGAAUCAGCAGGACCCAUUUCUUUUUAUCGAAGCCCAUCGGACCCUAAAAAUUCUCUCAUGGGAAGUGCCGUGUCGAUUGGCACACAGGAGGCUUCAGUACUCAGUCACACAUCUGGACAUUCAAACUCUAGUGGUGUAGGUGGCUUCCAGAGCUUGCCGUCAGCUUCCAGCGAAGACUUCGAGUCACUGAAAGCUCGAAACGUCACCCAAGAUGCAAGCUUGGCCAUGCAUGACCAGUGUUUGAUUGAGCUACAGGCAAAGGCGAAACGUUGUGACCAGCUGAAUCAGGAGCUCAAGCAAAAGGUCAAGCAACUCGAGGCACAGAUCAGCGACUUUGAAAGCAGAGUGUGUAGCGGUCAAUUUUUCUGGCGGAUCAGGAAUUAUUCCAAGCUCCUGCGAGAUGCAGAGCAUGGGGCAAUGACAGCCCUUCACAGUCAACCGUUUUACACCUCAGCCUCUAUGGGAUACAAAAUCUGCAUCCGAGCCAACCUCAAUGGGGUGGAUUCAGCAAAAGGGAGUCACUUGUCUUUAUUCGUCCAUUUCAUGCAGGGGGAAUAUGAUGACCUUCUGGACUGGCCAUUCUCAGGCAAAAUUAUUCUUUCUGUCAUCGAUCAGAAUGAACGCUGUGAAAUGAGGCACCAUGUGUCUGAGACCCUUGUUGCAAAACCAAACCUGGCUGCAUUUCAAAAGCCUUCAACUCCAAGAAACCAUAAAGGUUUUGGCUAUAUGGAGUUUCUUCCCUUGAGUUCUGUGAAAGGUUCCUCAUUCAUACGAAAUGACACGCUUAUUAUCAAGGCCCAAGUACUUCCCAACUGCUGAAUAUGUUUCGACAAUGAAUGUAACAAAGAAAGGUAUAGAUCCCACUUGAAUGAAGUAGGAAGAUGACUUUGGAUUGAGCUAGAAGAUUACCUCAAUCGGCAUGGAUACCUUGUGAUUUCCUUGACAUCUUCAACUUGGCAGAAUGUAUCUUAACAACAUGGACAGGUUACAAAAUUUAUCUGUAUGUUUCCGUUGAUUCUCCAUUAUUUUUUCCACGUUUUGUGGUUGUAGUAUUCAAACAUUUCUUUAAGUAAUGAUAUUAAACUAUGAUGGCCCAUGAAAACAACCCAAACCUCUAAACCUCUCUCUCGAAAGGGAAACGUACUGGUUAGAGUAAUGAGCAGAGGUUUAGCCAAGAUGGACCAGAUUGCUGUGAAAAUGUGUGAUAACUUUGUGGAGUGAAGAGUUUGUUUCCAUAGUCGCAUGAAACUGGCAUGUACAGAGUAUUUUCACAACCUUUCACUAAAUUAGUAAUUUAGAUACCUUGUUCUUUGAAGGGGGAAGGGUCAGUUUACUGUUUGCAUUAAGUGUGAAACAGGAAUUACUUUCAAAUCCAUUUUAAUUACUCAGUUCGUUUUUUUGGUCUCUUGCAGUUUUCAUGCUGAUGUAAAGCUCUUCAGUGGGGUUGCAUUUGCUGCACUCGGGGAAAGUAGCAAGUUUUCAUGAUAUAAAGGAAUAAAGCUUGCACUGUCUUAUUUGUGUACACAUUAAAUGAGAAAUAUCUUAGCAUUUGUACGAUAACCACUGGUUUGGAGGAAAUUUUUUUUUUCUUGAUGUGCUUCAACUCUAGGGAGUUUGAGUUGGUGGAUGAAAUAUCCUGGAAGUGCAAAUGGUAAUAAUAAAUGCAAAAUUUGUA